AUGGAAUACCACAACAUCAAUCCCCUCUACAUGGAAUACCACAACAUCAAUCCCCUGUCGAUGGAAUACCACAACAUCAAUAACCUCUACAAUAGAAUACCACAACAUCACUCCCCUCUCCACGUAAUACCACAACAUCAAUUCCCUCUAGAUGGAAUACCACAGCAUCAACCCCCUCUACAUGGAAUACCACAACAUCAAUCCCCUGUCGAUGGAAUACCACAACAUCACUCCCCUCUACACGGAAUACCACAACAUCAGCCCUCUCUAGAAAGAAUAUCACAACAUCAACCCUCUAUCGAUGGAAUAUCACAACAUCAACCCUCUCUAGAUAGAAUAUCACAACAUCAAUCCUCUCUCGAUGGAACUUCACAACAUCAACACCCUCUAGAUGGAAUACCACAACAUCAAUCCCCUCUAUAUGAAAUACCACAACAUCAACCCUCUCUCGAUGGAACUUCACAACAUCAACCCCCUCUAGAUGGAACUUCACAACAUCAACCCCCUCUAGAUGGAACUACACAACAUCAACCCCCUCUAGAUGGAACUUCACAACAUCAAUCCCCUGUCGAUGGUAUACCACAACAUCAACCCCCUCUAGAUGGAAUACCACAACAUCAACCUCUUCUCGAUGGAAUGCCACAACAUCAACCCCCUCUCGAUGGAAUGCCACAAAUCAACCCCUCUAGAUGGAAUGUCACAACAUCAACCCCCUCUAGAUGGAACGUCACAACAUCAACCCCUCUAGAUGGAAUGCCACAACAUCAACCCCCUCUCGAUUGA